UAUUAUAUUUUUUAAGAUAAGAUAUAAAUAUGUAAAUAAAUCUAAACAUCACACCUUCUUUCGAUCUCUUCUUUCAUUCUUCAACCAAUUUUCUCUUUCAUAGUUUCCAUCAUUUUCUCUCUGUUGAAAAAGGUUAGGGUUUGGGUUUGGGUUUCUGGCUUCUCACUCCUGGGACCUAGCAACAACACCAGGCAGCUUCUCAGUUUAUUUUUGAUCUCCGUCAGAUUAGGCACUGUUUUUGAAUGAUUUUGGAUGAGUUUUUGGGGUGAGGUUUCUUCUACGUUUUGGUUGCGGGGAAAUUGUGGGGGAAAGAGGAGAAUUGAAGGGAAAAUUGGGAUUUUUUUUAGGAGAGCCACUUGAGCUCUAGGUUUUUCUUUCUUUUCCCAUGUUUAUUUCGGCCACCGAAGGGGAAUUUAGGGUGUGGUUCUCUUCCUGAGGAGGUUGCAUAACAUUUCAGUUACAAGAUCUUUGUUUGUUUUAGGCGUGCGGAUGGAGGAUUGUGUGUAUUUUGUGGAUUGAGGGGGUUGGGGUGGUGUUUGACUGUGGCGGUGUUGGUGGGGAGUGGGGUAGGGAUUGGGUGGAAAUGACGGAUUUUCAACCACUGCAACAGAAGCCUGAAAGCACAGAUGCCCGGAGUGAUUUUGAAAGGGGAUUGGAGGAGUUGAUGCGUGGGCAUUUGGAUGAUUGUAUGUCAUUUGCUUCGUGUAGCACUACGCGUAAUCCGGAGGAUGAGGAUGAAGAGGGUGAUCAGCUUGUACGAAGGAGAAGGAGGUCAGAUCUUGAAGGGGAUGAUUUGGCUGAGUCGUCUGCAGCUCGUCGUCGUCACUCACGGAUUUUGAGCAGGUGGGCUGCACGACAGGCACAGGAAAUGAUAACCACCAUUGAGAGAAGGAAUCGUGAGACAGAGUUGAUGGCACUUGCAGGUUUGCAUUCAGUUUCCACACUAGAUUUUUCAUUUUUGAGGGGGUCUCAGUCUCCAACUUCGAGACAAGGGGCUGUUGACAGGCCUAGUAGUCAAGCUUCUUCAAUUUUGCAAAUGUGGCGGGAGUUGGAAGAUGAACAUGUAUUGGAUCAUGCCAGGGAAAGAGUGAGGGAAAGAUUGAGGCAGCAAAGGAGUGUUGAAUCUAAUACUAAUGCAUCGAUUAUGUCAGAGAGUCGGGGCAGUGAGAAUCAGGGUAGUUUGGAGGAUGUAAGCGAGAGUGAGAAUGAUUAUGGGACUUGGUCACAUGAUCAAGUGGAGCAACCAAAUGAUCGGGCGGAAAAUAACGGGUCUAGCCGAGAGCAAUCUCCUGAUAUUGGGGAAAUUGAGAGGGAGAGGGUGAGGCAAAUUGUUCGGGGAUGGAUGGAUAGUGGAAUGAGUGAUCAUUCCACUAAUGUAACACGAAGGAACAAUAGUCCUAGAGCAGAAUGGCUUGGUGAAACAGAGCGUGAAAGGGUGAGAAAUAUUAGAGAAUGGGUGCAAAUGGCAAGUCAGCAGAGAGGGUCUCGUGGGGGAAGAAGGGAAGGUCAAAUUGCUGGAGUUGGAGCUCAAGUUGACAGAGCUCGUGAAGGGCUGGUUGCUGAUCAAGAUGAAGGCCAACCAGAGCAUAUUCGCAGGGACGUACUCAGAUUCCGCGGAAGACAAGCACUGCUUGAUUUGCUUGUGAGGAUCGAGACAGAAAGACAGAGGGAACUUCAGGGUUUGCUGGAGCAUCGGGCUGUUUCUGACUUUGCUCAUCGUAACCGCAUUCAGUCAUUUCUCAGAGGUAGAUUCUUGCGGAAUGAAAGACCUAUUGAAGAGGAGAGACCGCCUUCAAUGGCGGCAAGUGAGUUAGUCCAAUUAAGGCAACGGCAUACUGUUUCUGGUUUAAGGGAAGGUUUUCGCUCCAGAUUGGAAAAUAUUGUUCGUGGUCAAGUAAGCAGCCAUUCUGAUACUCAAACUAACAAUAAUAGCAAUGAUUCUACAAACAAUCAGACUCAAACAAACACUUCACAGGAGCUACAACAUGAAAAUAAUGAGCAAUCACAACCUAGGAGUCAGGAAAAUGACAUCCAACUUCCGGAGGAUCUUGCAGGAAACAUGGAAAGCACCACUCCUAUUGAAAGCAUGAAUUGGCAAGAAACUGCUAAUCAAGGAGGGAAUUGGCAUGAACAAGCUGCUGCAGAUGAGAGGGAGAACUGGCAACAGUCAACCUAUGAUGAGUUCAAUGAUUGGAGGGAUGGCGCAGCAGAAGAUAUGGACGGAACUUGGCAGGAAAAUUCAGUUAAUGAUUGGCCCCAGGGAAGCCCAGGAAAUGUACAUGGAGGUGAAGUUGUUCCACAAGAAACCCAUGGGGGUUGGUCUGAGAAUGUCUCUCGUGAAGCUGUGGAAAGUUGGUCAGAAGGGCCUUCUGAUCCUCCAAGAACUCGACGUACCGUUCCAGUUAGAAGAACAAAUCGAUUCCACCCACCAGAUGAUGAUAAUGUAUACAGUAUGGAACUCAGAGAACUUCUCAGCAGGAGAAGUGUCUCAAAUCUUCUACGUAGUGGUUUUCGUGAGAGUUUAGACCAAUUAAUACAGUCAUAUGUGGAAAGGCAAGGUCGUGCGCCCAUUGAUUGGGAUCUGCAUAGAAACUUGCCCACUCCUGCGUCACCAGAGCAGGAUGAGGAGCAGCAAAGGGAUGAGCAGAACGAGGAUCAACGUGAUUCCAUUGCUAGACCUUCAUUGGUGCUACCAUCUCCACCAGUACCCCCACCACAGCCACUUUGGCACCAGGAUUUACAUCACACUAAUUGGCCUCGUCACAGCAUGCAUCGUUCAGAAAUUGAAUGGGAAAUGAUUAAUGAUCUGAGAGCAGAUAUGGCAAAGCUUCAGCAAGGCAUGAAUCACAUGCAGAGGAUGUUGGAGGCUUGCAUGGAUAUGCAGCUGGAGUUGCAGCGCUCAGUCAGACAGGAAGUAUCUGCUGCUCUGAACCGAUCAGCUGGUGAACAAGGGAUGAGUGUAGAGACAUCGGAGGAUGGAUCUAAAUGGGGUCAUGUGAGGAAAGGAACUUGUUGUGUUUGUUGUGAUAGCCACAUCGACUCGCUAUUGUACAGAUGUGGGCACAUGUGCACUUGUUCAAAAUGUGCAAAUGAGUUGGUUCGUGGUGGAGGAAAGUGCCCAUUGUGCCGAGCCCCGAUUGUUGAGGUCAUCCGAGCUUACUCUAUACUGUAAAAAGAGGAGAAAAAGGUAACCCAAAAAAAAAAAAAAAAAAAAAAGGAAACGCCAUAGAGCGAACGAUAAGAUUUAGGGGGAAGCCAAUGUCAGUUCCUUUACACACGGUACAGGAAGCCCCUCAGGUUCUUAUCUGUAGAGUGCUUAUUAGUUGCCAAUGUUUUUCUGCUUAUAUGUGUAACAUUAUGCAGUGUAUAAUUGGGAAUAACGUAUGACAUCUUUCAUUCGUCAUUCACGCGUAAAUAAAAAUGUUGAUUAUAUGAUUCUUUUUA